GGAGCGGGAGGGGGAGAGGGGGAGACAUCAUGGUGGGGACUUACUGCUGCGUCCCCGGCUGCUACCACAACACCCUCAAGCACAGGGCCCUGUCCUUCCACAACUUCCCCAAAGCCCCGGCCCUCAGGCAGCUCUGGGUCAGCAACAUCGCCCGGUCCGCCGGGGCCGAGCACCCGAGGUGGGCGCCCCGAGCCCACCACCGGGUCUGCGACGCCCACUUCCGAGGCGGCAGGAAGACCUACGCGGUCAACGUGCCCACCGUCUUCCCGGCCAGGAGGAGGCCGGGCGGGGGGGAGCGGGAGCGGCAGCAGCCACAGCCCCGCCACGGCCAGACCGGGAGCGGCCGUCCAGGUUUCACAAGGAUCUCCACAUUUGUUUCACACCGCGGUAACAUCCAGAGUAAUACAGUGCAGCAUGACCACGACUAUUCUGCCCCUGACUCUAAGGAUGAUCUGCUGAAAUUGCUGAAACAGAAGAGCCACAUGAUACAGCUCCUGCACGAACAGCUCGAAACCCUUCGGCAAGACUAUGGGAUCACAAAGCGCGAACUGACCAAGAAUAAAAAUAAAGUAAAAAGCCUCUCGUGUGAAAAUGAUAGACUUUGGAAGAAAGUAAAGUUGGGUUCAAAGAAAUGGCCAAUUUCCAAAUCGACACAUCACCAUGAGACUGAUGCCUGUGGCGACGUUACAACAACAACAAAUUACAUUUUGUAAAGCACACGUCGGGAGGAUAUACCAAGAUGCUGGAGAGUCCGGGAUCUGGACCCAAGUAGGGGUUGGGACCAGGGAAGGUGUGGAGGGCAAGGAAGGUAGGGGUAGGAGGAUUACCGAAUGCGCGAUCG